AUGUGGCUUCUGCCUCGUCUUGGCAGAACGAGGCAGGAGAGGCCGAAAGAACAUGUGCAGAAAGGGCCAAAAGUCUGCACUGAUGUUCAGCAAACCUCACCGAGCGCUAGAUCCGCUCCAGCGAUGACAACAUGUCAACGCUUCUCCAGACGAACCGAGUCGGCCUUAAAUGCACAAACGCACCGCUCCCGAUGGUUCCAAAUGCACACACGCAUCCUCGAAAUGCAGUUCUGCGGCCAUCUCAGACCGGGACAGAUGGGCUGGCCGCGAGGUCUAGCAACACAAAUUCUGAACUUCGACCCAGCCCAGGUCCUCCUCCGAUGUCCACUGACCACUUAA